AUGACUAUGAGAGCAUUGCUACAUUCUCUGUCUUCGAUUCAUGAUCUUCCCGACUUUGCGCAACGAAAUCUGAACACGAUCCGCAAGAUCUACGACUUGACAGUUUAUCCAUACAAUGCUCCAAUACAGAAUCAAGGCGGGUCGGCAGUGCCUGCUGGUCUGUUCGCUCAGAACACGAGGGGCCGAGUAUCGCCAGUGGGAGAGUUCGAGGGAUUUGAAGAUUCCAUCGAAUACUUUUUCGCACUUGCGCCUUCGCCGUUAGACCCCAACUUUAGGGGCUCUGCCAUAUGGGAAGCUCAGGUGGUGGAAUUUACGUCCGGCUGCCCAGAAAUAGCUGCGAGUCUAGUAUAUCUGAGGACUGGAAAGGUCGACGCCAAUACAUAUGAGGUGGACACGAGCCAGCCUAUGAGCACUCUAUCUCAGGUGGCCUUUUGGCAAUUCAAUGCACAGGGUCAAGUGGAACGAUACCAUGCCUGGAUACCGAACCUCCAAGCCUGGGUCUAUGCGCAGACUGGCUUCGACUUCAGCUCUUACCUCCUGGGAAAGGCUGUGCCUCUAUUCCUCUGCCCUGAGAUCCAAGAACGAUGCACUGGUGCCAACCAACAGUAUCUGGACGUCUUGACCUGUACUCUUGAGCUCGAUCUCAAGCCAUUCGGGAGCUUCGAUGAAGCAUAUGGUGAUACUGUGGCUUGUCGCAUCAUUCAUCUGCUGCUCACCAAGGUUGCUCCUGAUGUGCAUUGCCCUCACGUAGGCCCGACCGGCGGAGGGAAAUGCAGUCCGAUUUCUUAUAGCAAAGACUACUUCGACGACGGUCGAUUAUUCGGGGUCCCAACCGGCAGUGCUUUUACCUGUGAUAAUUAA